CGCCAUCAACCUUGAAAAAGAAUGAAGAUUAACCAAAGGCUUAAGACAGUACUCAGCGAGCUGUCAUGGACUGAUAGACUUCUCACACUGAUCAUCAUUCUCAGUAUUGUGGUUGGUAUCUUGAUAUCGGUUUAUGUCCCGAGCGCACGUGACAAGUUUGACUCUGAUGUCCAACUAGCAGGCGUUGGUAUUCCUCUUGCCGUUGGUCUUAUUGUCAUGAUGAUCCCUCCUCUUUGCAAAGUCCCUUGGGAAAGCAUCCACAAGACCUUUCUCCAAGACAGGUCUCUGCAUAUACAACUACUGAUUUCCGUGGUGCUAAACUGGGUUGUCUGUCCCCUGGUGAUGUUUGGACUCAGCUGGAUGGUUCUAUUCAACGAAGAAGAGUACCGCAUUGGGAUAAUCAUGAUAGGAUUAGCACGCUGUAUCGCCAUGGUGUUGGUGUGGAAUGAACUGGCAGGUGGUGACAACACCUUGUGCAGUCUGAUAGUUGUGGUUAACAGCAUAAUGCAAAUAGUGCUGUACGCUCCCUUCCAAAUCUUUUAUUGCUAUGUGAUCAGUGGGACUGAGAGAUCAGGCACAGUGACCUAUUCCCAAGUUGCGGAGAGUGUUGGUGCAUUCUUGGGGAUUCCAUUUGGAAUUGCUCUACUUGUUAGACUCUUAGGUGUGCUAGUUCUGGGUAAAUCAACAUACCAAAAGAGAUUGAUACCAUUUGUUUCACCAUGGUCUCUGAUAGCUCUGGUAUAUACAAUCAUAGUCAUCUUUAUCGAAAGAGGUUAUGACUUCAUUAGAGAGAUUGGGAGUGCGUUCAAAUGUUUUGUGCCUUUGGUGCUGUAUUUCCCAAUCACAUGGUUUGGCACUUUCUACUUGAUGAGAUUCUUAUCGAGCUAUGUAUACAGAAGGAAGAGAAGAUACAAUGCUGAUGAUCCAGAAAUGACGGAAUCUCUACUAUGUGGGUGUGAAAAGUCGUUGGCCAUGGAUAACACACGGGCCAAAUCCAAGUGGUGCUCUGCUGACUAUGGUGAAGUGAUAACUCAAACGUUCACGGCUGCUUCUAACAACUUCGAACUGAGUCUCGCAAUAGCCAUAUCGGUCUAUGGCUCUGGCUCGAAGCAGUCCAUAGCUGCAACUUUCGGGCCCUUGAUUGAGGUUCCAGUGCUCUUAUGUCUCACCAUCGUAGCCAGGUUGUUUAGACAAUGCUAUACCUGGAGAGAUGACCAAGAUGGUGUAAAUAUGGAGUGUGUUG